GGGGUAACUAGAAAGAUAGAUGGACGGAUAGAUUUUUUUUUAUUUUUUCAACUUAAGAUGUUGCUGUUACAUUAGUGUUUUGUGGGGCUGUGAUGACAAAAUAUCUUUAAUCUCCUUUCUGACCAGACUCUGCCACCCUUUCAGAAGCAUCAAAAUAGCUCCCAUAGGCCAAGUUAGGAUUUUGCUCUCCUAUUACUGCUGCCUAACUUUUCCCUUUACCUUCCUCCUUCAUCUUCAAACUCUUGUAGUAAAGAGCAAAGCUCGUUCUGUCUCUCUCAUUUCUCUCAAGUUUUCAGUUUGUUUAAAUCUUUAUAUUUCAAUUUUCUUCUUUCAUAGGGAGUAUUGGUCCAAAUUCUAGUUCAAUCUUGUUUUGUUUUGCUCGCAAAUUUUUGAGCUUGCAUAGAGAAACUCACCCCAUUCUAGUCUAUUUUUCCUCUGACAUCUUACUCUCUGUAGAGAUAAAGAUAGAUGAGUUGGUAAUAAAUUUACUAAAAAAACUUGAAAUCAAGUUUUUUGGGUAGGCUGGUUUUUCUUGUGUUGUGUGGAUUUUGGACAUAGUGGUGUUCUUGGGGUGUGGAAUCUGAGGAGUGCAAUGGCAGGAGUUUUUGGGAUCAGCAGCAAUAGCAGGAGGAGUAUCAGCUUUAUGUUUUGUGGCAGCAGGAAGCGACAACAGUAGAAGAAUCAAGAUUAAAAGGGAGCAAAGCAAGGAGUUUAUAAUUUAGUGUACUAUAAAACCUUUGAGAAAUCAAAAACUUUUAGGAGAGCAAAAUCUAAAGAUUAGGAAUCUGGAUUUCCAGAGAAAUCAGCAGCAUCCACAGAAUCCUAUCCACCAAAUCAUACAACCAAGACCAGAAGAAACAGAAGAGCAUAGCUUAGGCAUACACAGCCUUUCCAAACACCCUCAACUUCUCCAAAACCAACAACACUAUGGGGAAGACAUAAAUUCAAACCAAACAGAAGCAGUACCUAAAACGCAAUCAUUACGCCAAACCAUUGAAUAUGCAAAAUAUAGACAAAGACCAGAAAUGAAGAACAACGGAGGAGAAAUUAUUCAGGUCCAAGGUGGCCACAUUGUUAGGUCCACAGGGCGUAAAGAUCGGCACAGCAAGGUUUACACAGCCAAAGGUCCUAGGGACCGCAGGGUUCGAUUAUCUGCACACACUGCAAUACAAUUCUAUGAUGUUCAAGACCGGCUAGGCUAUGAUCGGCCCAGCAAAGCUGUUGAUUGGCUUAUCAAGAAAGCAAAGAAUUCAAUUGACAGGCUUGCUGAGCUGCCACCGUGGCAACCACCAGCUAAUAAUAUUAAUGCGAACUUGGAGGAAAACCAGAACGCUGGAUCUAGUGAAAUGGCAAUUGCAGAGGAACCAGAAUCAUCUGGCUAUAGUUUUCAGCUCCACGGGCAAUUGACUGAUCACAAUCCAAGCAAUGGUUCAUCUUUCCUUUCACCAACUAUAGACCCUGAUACCAUUCCUGAUACCAUGAGAUCUUUCUUCCCAACAAGCUCCACAAACUCAUCAAUGAACUUCCAAAGCUAUCCUACUGUAAUUUCAAGAACCGCAAACCACACUGAAGAUCUUGGCCUAUCCCUCCACUCUUUCCAAGACCAAGUUCUACUUCAUGAGCAGUCACAGGCAGACACAACCCAUGCACCUUCUACUGAUCAGACUCUUUUUGAAGGGUCAGCUCCAGUAGGGUUUGAUACUAAUUUUCAGAGAAUGAUGGCUUGGAGCAACGACACAAAUGCAGACAAUAGAGUUGCUGGGGGAUUUACAUUUAACCCCCCACCAUUGACACCACACCAAGCAAUGUUAGCCCAAGGCUCAGCAUUCUCUCAGAGGGGAACCCUUCAGUCCAGUUUUCCGUUUUCCAUUCGCGCAUGGAAUGAUCUUCAUAUGGCAUCCACAGACCAUCAUAGAACACAGGAACUUCAUCAGUCUUUGAUUUUUGGCAGCAGGUUUGCGUCUGAGGGAUUGGCCAGUUUUAGCAUUCCAGCACGAAUUCAUGGUGAGAAUGAGCAUAAUGUUGUCUCAGACAGGCCACCCUCUUCUCCAAAUUCUCAGAAUUGAUUAUAGAGCUGAACAUCUUGUUCAUGUGCAAGUAUACAACGGAAUCAACCAGGGUGAUUGACUAUCAAACUGAUGAAAAGGAAAGGAGCAGAAAUUCAAGCGAUUUCAGUUGAAUACUUUGGCCUAUGAGAAGAAAACAUCUGGUUGGAUUCAACAUUUUUUUCCCCAAAAAUGUUUAAAUGGAUUCUCCAAGAAUUUUAUAUUGCUCUUAUUUGUUUAUUAAGUGAGCUCUUUCGGCUCAACUCUAUAAUACUAUGUUGGACUGUCACCUAAUCUUAAUUUGCUGCUAGACUUGAAUAUUUUGGAUUA